UCAUAUAUUCAGUAACUUGACCAUCUUUGCAGCGCACAUACUGAAAGCAGCCUAUUUUCUUCCUCCGGCGAAUUGACAGUUAUUGUCUUGAGGAAUUGGAUCUGGGUGGCGUGUCGAUUUUAUUCUGGGAUUUUUGUUCGCCGUUCAGAUCGGAAUGGCUGAGCCGAGCGCCAGAUAUCAGCAGCUGCCCAACGUGGACGAGGCUGAAGGUAACCAGCAGGUAGCUGCAGACGAGCCGCCUCCUUAUAGCAGCGUCACAGAGGACAAUGCUGCCUAUUUUGACUACAAGGAGGAGGGGAGUUUCCCCAAGCCGCCGUCCUACAACGUGGCGACCACACUACCUUCCUAUGAUGAGGCGGAGAGGACCAAAGCGGAGACCACUGUUCCCUUGGUACCCGCAAGAUGUUGUGUUUCCCUGCCGCCUGGCAUUCGGCCGCAGCCUCAGCACAGAGAGCGUCUGGAGACGUUUGACGAUGUCAUACGCAGUUCACUGGAGGAGGAAGACUUUGUAACCAGAGAUGAUUUUGAAGAUGCUGAUCAGCUGAGGAUAGGAAACGAUGGCAUCUUCAUGCUGACCUUCUUCAUGGCAUUCCUGUUCAACUGGAUCGGUUUCUUCCUGUCCUUCUGUUUGACCACCUCAGCGGCCGGCCGCUACGGGGCCAUCUCCGGCUUUGGCCUCUCCCUCAUCAAAUGGGUCCUCAUCGUCAGGUUCUCGACAUACUUUCCUGGUUAUUUUGAUGGACAAUACUGGCUGUGGUGGGUGUUCCUGGUGUUGGGCUUCUUGCUCUUUCUCCGAGGCUUCAUCAACUACACCCGAAUCCGCAAGAUGGCCGACACUUUCUCCACGCUGCCCCGUACCCGAGUUCUCUUCAUCUACUGAGCUCAGUGACAUCCUAUUUCGAUUGAAAAAACACACACACACACACACACAACAAAACAAAAACCAUCUACUUAACAUUUACUGUCAUUCCUCUGCGUGAUCGGAAAAGGACAAUCCACAACCUCUUUGUCCUCUUUCGGUGUAAACUAGCAAAUUCUAUUAAAAAUAAAUGACCAUCACUCGUUUAGUGUUGUAAAAGUGCGGAUUGCGAUUCUGAAGUGUCUGCCUUAUUUACUGGUGUGGCCCACUGGUGGCUGACACGCAUUUUUUAGCCACCAGGGGACCAUCUUGUCUGUAUAAUUUCAGGCCAGCUCAUUUGUACAUAGAAGAGUGACGCUGGAGAGCAGAAAUCAUCUAUUUAACUUUUAACUUUAUUUUUUGGGUGAAGUUGAUUGUGCAGGUUGUAUAUGGAGAAAAUAAUAAUGAGUUGGUUCUUCUGAACAAAUGGGCCAAACGCGCUGGUGUUCAUGUCUGUCGUGUUAGCAGUGAUGAGGGAAAUUUGCUGAAUGUUCAUGAAAACAAGCAAAACAAUGUCUUUAAGUAUCCAUUAAAUGUAGAAAUGUGCUUUAUGAUCACUUGUAUUCGUGUGGAGGUUCAACAAUGUUUUUAAACCAUCAGUGUCCCUGUUUUGGAAAAUUAAAGUCCUAAACACA